AUGGUCGAGGUGACGACUGACCCAGCAGGCUCUCUGAAAAAGGGGAAGCAGACCAACCAGCUCAACUUCGGACUUGACUCGGUUCGGUUUGACGCUCUCCUGCUUCAGAUCGUCACCAAAGGGGACCUGGUGCUCGGCGACUACGUGCGGGAGUGGGCAGAUCAGCACACGAGCAAGCUCGGGGGCUGUAUCGCUUUCGAAGCCAUCGGGUGGAGAGCCGAGUGGAGCAACUCCCUCAUCAGUGCAGCCGGAAGCAGCCUCCGGCUGCGGGCUCAGGAGCAUCAGAAAAGCGAGGAGGACAUCAUCCGAGCCCGGAUGUCUAGGACCAAUGAGAAAAGCCGAUACGAACUCGGCCGCAGCUCGGCUGACGGACAUUCACGCACAGACGUGGAUGACGAGGCGAUGCUAGAGGAGAUGUCGGAGGAGAAGCUCCCCGACGAGAUCCUGAAUGGCACGCACUG